AUGACCUCGCGCCCUACAUGCAACCCUCUGCCUGCGUGUCCUAACCCAAUCAAAUGGGGCGUAGAAGGACGAAUUGCAGAGCUUCAAGCAAUCGUUGAUACCCCACAAAUAAAGGAAGGCCAGAAAAUCAAUCUACAGGCUGCCAUCAACCUGUACCAUGAAAAGAAGCCCCCCCCGCCCCCUCCCUCAUUAUUCAAAAAGGGAAAGGUUAUCUCCCUUCAAGAUCUUAAUACUACAUACCCUUUUUGGAUAGAGGUAAUGCUGCCUCCCUUCUUAUAG